AUGCGAGUACCAAGGAUGAAGUUGAAAGUGGCUGACGCGAGUAUCAACAUUAAGUUGAAAGUGGCUCAUCCGAGUAUCAAGGAUGAAGUUGAAAGUGGCUCAUCCGAGUAUCAAGGAUCAAGUUCAAAGUAUAAAAGUGCCACGAGUUACUCAUGCGAGUACCAGCAUGAAGAUAAAAGUGCCACGAGUUACUCAUGCGAGUACCAGAAUGAAGAUACAAGUGCCAUCAGUUACUCAUGCGAGUACCAGGAAGAGGAUAAAAGUGCCACAAAUAACUCAUGUGAGUACCAGAAAGAGGAUAAAGGUGCCAUAAGUAACUCAUGCGAGUACCAGGAAGAGGAUAAAAGUGCCAUAAGUAACUCAUGUGAGGAAGAGGAUAAAGGUGCCAUAAGUAACUCAUGCGAGUACCAUGAAGAGGAUACAGAUGCCAUAAGUAACUCAUGUGAGGAAGAGGAUACAGGUGCCAUAAGUAACUCAUGUGAGGAAGAGGAUACAGAUGCCAUAAGUAACUCAUGUGAGGAAGAGGAUAAAGGUGCCAUAAGUAACUCAUGUGAGUACCAGGAAGAGGAUAAAAGUGCCAUAAGUAACUCAUGUGAGGAAGAGGAUAAAAGUGCCAUAAGUAACUCAUGUGAGUACCAUGAAGAGGAUACAGAUGCCAUAAGUAACUCAUGCGAGUACCAUGAAGAGGAUACAGAUGCCAUAAGUAACUCAUGUGAGUACCAUGAAGAGGAUACAAGUGCCAUAAGUAACUCAUGUGAGUACCAUGAAGAGGAUAAAAGUGCCAUAAGUAACUCAUGUGAGUACCAUGAAGAGGAUAAAAGUGCCAUAAGUAACUCAUGUGAGGAAGAGGAUACAGGUGCCAUAAGUAACUCAUGUGAGUACCAUGAAGAGGAUAAAAGUGCCAGUAACUCAUGUGAGGAAGAGGAUACAGGUGCCAUAAGUAACUCAUGCGAGUACCAGGAAGAGGAUAAAAGUGCCAUAAGUAACUCAUGUGAGGAAGAGGAUAAAAGUGCCAUAAGUAACUCAUGUGAGGAAGAGGAUAAAAGUGCCAUAAGUAACUCAUGUGAGUACCAUGAAGAGGAUACAGAUGCCAUAAGUAACUCAUGCGAGUACCAUGAAGAGGAUACAGAUGCCAUAAUUAACUCAUGUGAGUACCAUGAAGAGGAUAAAAGUGCCAUAAGUAACUCAUGUGAGUACCAUGAAGAGGAUAAAAGUGCCAUAAGUAACUCAUGUGAGUACCAUGAAGAGGAUAAAAGUGCCAUAAGUAACUCAUGUGAGGAAGAGGAUACAGGUGCCAUAAGUAACUCAUGUGAGUACCAUGAAGAGGAUAAAAGUGCCAGUAACUCAUGUGAGGAAGAGGAUACAGGUGCCAUAAGUAACUCAUGUGAGUACCAGGAAGAGGAUAAAAGUGCCAUAAGUAACUCAUGUGAGUACCAUGAAGAGGAUAAAAGUGCCAUAAGUAACUCAUGUGAGUACCAUGAAGAGGAUAAAAGUGCCAUAAGUAACUCAUGUGAGUACCAUGAAGAGGAUAAAAGUGCCAUAAGUAACUCAUGUGAGGAAGAGGAUACAGGUGCCAUAAGUAACUCAUGCGAGUACCAUGAAGAGGAUAAAAGUGCCAUAAGUAACUCAUGUGAGUACCAUGAAGAGGAUAAAAGUGCCAUAAGUAACUCAUGUGAGGAAGAGGAUACAAAUGCCAUAAGUAACUCAUGCGAGUACCAGGAAGAGGAUAAAAGUGCCAUAAGUAACUCAUGUGAGUACCAUGAAGAGGAUAAAAGUGCCAUAAGUAACUCAUGUGAGUACCAUGAAGAGGAUAAAAGUGCCAUAAGUAACUCAUGUGAGUACCAUGAAGAGGAUAAAAGUGCCAUAAGUAACUCAUGUGAGGAAGAGGAUACAGGUGCCAUAAGUAACUCAUGCGAGUACCAUGAAGAGGAUAAAAGUGCCAUAAGUAACUCAUGUGAGUACCAUGAAGAGGAUAAAAGUGCCAUAAGUAACUCAUGUGAGGAAGAGGAUACAAAUGCCAUAAGUAACUCAUGCGAGUACCAUGAAGAGGAUAAAAGUGCCAUAAGUAACUCAUGUGAGUACCAUGAAGAGGAUAAAAGUGCCAUAAGUAACUCAUGUGAGUACCAUGAAGAGGAUAAAAGUGCCAUAAGUAACUCAUGUGAGGAAGAGGAUACAGAUGCCAUAAGUAACUCAUGCGAGUACCAUGAAGAGGAUAAAAGUGCCAUAAGUAAAUCAUGUGAGUACCAGGAAGAGGAUAAAAGUGCCAUAAGUAACUCAUGUGAGGAAGAGGAUAAAAGUGCCAUAAGUAACUCAUGUGAGGAAGAGGAUAAAAGUGCCAUAAGUAACUCAUGUGAGUACCAUGAAGAGGAUACAGAUGCCAUAAGUAACUCAUGCGAGUACCAUGAAGAGGAUAAAAGUGCCAUAAGUAACUCAUGUGAGUACCAUGAAGAGGAUAAAAGUGCCAUAAGUAACUCAUGUGAGUACCAUGAAGAGGAUAAAAGUGCCAUAAGUAACUCAUGUGAGUACCAUGAAGAGGAUAAAAGUGCCAUAAGUAACUCAUGUGAGUACCAUGAAGAGGAUAAAAGUGCCAUAAGUAACUCAUGUGAGUACCAUGAAGAGGAUAAAAGUGCCAUAAGUAACUCAUGUGAGGAAGAGGAUACAGGUGCCAUAAGUAACUCAUGUGAGUACCAUGAAGAGGAUAAAAGUGCCAGUAACUCAUGUGAGGAAGAGGAUACAGGUGCCAUAAGUAACUCAUGUGAGUACCAGGAAGAGGAUAAAAGUGCCAUAAGUAACUCAUGUGAGUACCAUGAAGAGGAUAAAAGUGCCAUAAGUAACUCAUGUGAGUACCAUGAAGAGGAUAAAAGUGCCAUAAGUAACUCAUGUGAGUACCAUGAAGAGGAUAAAAGUGCCAUAAGUAACUCAUGUGAGGAAGAGGAUACAGGUGCCAUAAGUAACUCAUGUGAGUACCAUGAAGAGGAUAAAAGUGCCAGUAACUCAUGUGAGGAAGAGGAUACAGGUGCCAUAAGUAACUCAUGCGAGUACCAGGAAGAGGAUAAAAGUGCCAUAAGUAACUCAUGUGAGGAAGAGGAUAAAAGUGCCAUAAGUAACUCAUGUGAGGAAGAGGAUAAAAGUGCCAUAAGUAACUCAUGUGAGUACCAUGAAGAGGAUACAGAUGCCAUAAGUAACUCAUGCGAGUACCAUGAAGAGGAUACAGAUGCCAUAAUUAACUCAUGUGAGUACCAUGAAGAGGAUAAAAGUGCCAUAAAGGAUAAAAGUGCCAUAAGUAACUCAUGUGAGGAAGAGGAUACAGGUGCCAUAAGUAACUCAUGUGAGUACCAUGAAGAGGAUAAAAGUGCCAGUAACUCAUGUGAGGAAGAGGAUACAGGUGCCAUAAGUAACUCAUGUGAGUACCAGGAAGAGGAUAAAAGUGCCAUAAGUAACUCAUGUGAGUACCAUGAAGAGGAUAAAAGUGCCAUAAGUAACUCAUGUGAGUACCAUGAAGAGGAUAAAAGUGCCAUAAGUAACUCAUGUGAGGAAGAGGAUACAGGUGCCAUAAGUAACUCAUGCGAGUACCAUGAAGAGGAUAAAAGUGCCAUAAGUAACUCAUGUGAGUACCAUGAAGAGGAUAAAAGUGCCAUAAGUAACUCAUGUGAGGAAGAGGAUACAAAUGCCAUAAGUAACUCAUGCGAGUACCAGGAAGAGGAUAAAAGUGCCAUAAGUAACUCAUGUGAGUACCAUGAAGAGGAUAAAAGUGCCAUAAGUAACUCAUGUGAGUACCAUGAAGAGGAUAAAAGUGCCAUAAGUAACUCAUGUGAGUACCAUGAAGAGGAUAAAAGUGCCAUAAGUAACUCAUGUGAGUACCAUGAAGAGGAUAAAAGUGCCAUAAGUAACUCAUGUGAGGAAGAGGAUACAGAUGCCAUAAGUAACUCAUGCGAGUACCAUGAAGAGGAUAAAAGUGCCAUAAGUAAAUCAUGUGAGUACCAGGAAGAGGAUAAAAGUGCCAUAAGUAACUCAUGUGAGGAAGAGGAUAAAAGUGCCAUAAGUAACUCAUGUGAGGAAGAGGAUAAAAGUGCCAUAAGUAACUCAUGUGAGUACCAUGAAGAGGAUACAGAUGCCAUAAGUAACUCAUGCGAGUACCAUGAAGAGGAUAAAAGUGCCAUAAGUAACUCAUGUGAGUACCAUGAAGAGGAUAAAAGUGCCAUAAGUAACUCAUGUGAGGAAGAGGAUACAGGUGCCAUAAGUAACUCAUGUGAGUACCAUGAAGAGGAUAAAAGUGCCAGUAACUCAUGUGAGGAAGAGGAUACAGGUGCCAUAAGUAACUCAUGUGAGUACCAGGAAGAGGAUAAAAGUGCCAUAAGUAACUCAUGUGAGUACCAGGAAGAGGAUAAAAGUGCCAUAAGUAACUCAUGUGAGUACCAUGAAGAGGAUAAAAUUGCCAUAAGUAACUCAUGUGAGUACCAUGAAGAGGAUAAAAGUGCCAUAAGUAACUCAUGUGAGGAAGAGGAUACAGGUGCCAUAAGUAACUCAUGCGAGUACCAUGAAGAGGAUAAAAGUGCCAUAAGUAACUCAUGUGAGUACCAUGAAGAGGAUAAAAGUGCCAUAAGUAACUCAUGUGAGUACCAUGAAGAGGAUAAAAGUGCCAUAAGUAACUCAUGUGAGGAAGAGGAUACAGAUGCCAUAAGUAACUCAUGCGAGUACCAUGAAGAGGAUAAAAGUGCCAUAAGUAACUCAUGCGAGUACCAGGAAGAGGAUAAAAGUGCCAGUACCAGGAAGAGGAUAAAAGUGCCAUAA